AUGCAAUUCCUCCUUGCUAUUGCCGCCCUUGCGGGCUCCGGUAUAAUCUCGGUCGCUCAGGCCCAGAGCGUCUUUGCCCAUUACAUGAUCGGCGAGACCAAUCCCGACCACGCGAAGCAGGAUGUCGAAGACGCCAAAUCCGUCGGCUUUGAUGCCUUCGCCAUGAACGUCGGAGAUCCGACCGCCGAAUGGGCCCAGAACUGCGUCAAGGCGCUGUUCGACGGCGCCGAGGGCACCGACUUCAACCUGUUCUUCAGCUUCGAUAUGUACCAGCACCCGGACCUGCAGGGCCACAUCGACCUGUUCAACAAGUACUCCGAUCAUCCGAACUACAUGCGGGCUGGAUCCGAUAACAACCCCGUUGUGUCGUCCUUCGGCGGAUCGGGCGAGGCGGAUGCCUGGAGCUCUUUCAAGCAGAACUCGGAUAUCUACCUCAUCCCGAAUCUGGAUGACAGCGAUUCUUCCAAGUACUUUGAGAACCCCGAGGAGAAGCUGUCGCAGUUCAACGACUUUGUGGAUGGCUACUUCAGCUGGGAGUCUGCCUGGCCUGGCUCGACCGGCAGCCCGGUCAACGUCAGCUCCGAGGGAGACCAGAAGGUGAUGGAGUAUGCUCACGGCUCGAACAAGGGCUACAUGAUGCCCCUCUCGCCCAUCCAGUACAAGAACACCGGCGACGGACACUGGUACCGCAUCGGCGAAGUCAACCUGCCUCAGCGCAUGACCCAGAUCCUGGACCUGAAGCCGGACUUCACCGAGUUCAUCACCUGGAACGACGGCGGCGAAAGCCACUACAUCGGCAACCUCUGGUCCGAGAGCUACACGACCGUCCCGGAGAUCGUCGAAUACGCCAACACGGACAAAUUCCCGCAUUUCGCCUGGCAGCCUCUGAUCGGGUCGUUCAUCCGCGCAUUCAAGGACGGCAAGAGCGCCGACGGCAUGGAGACCGGCUCGGAGUCGCCCAUCGGCGCCAUGUGGUACCGCGGCAUGACGAAGAGCUGCUCGGACCAGCCUUCCAACGCCGACGCGGCGCGCGACACCGUCAACUACGCCGUCGUCCUCCCUCCGCUCUGGGAGGGCAUCACGAUCCGUGUCUCCAGCGGCGGAAAUGUGCUGACCACGUCGCCUGCCUCGCCGGGUCUGAACUACGCCGCUGUCGAGGGUAUGGUUGGCGGGCAGCAGAAGAUUGAGGUCCUGGGCAAGGAUGAGUCGGUGAUGUUUAGUGCGACGAGCGGUGACGAUGUCACUGAUGGUGGGAAGUGCAACUUUAACUUUCACGUUGUUGAGCUGUCGAAGCCGUAGAUUGCGCUUGCGUUGACGUCCGGGGUCUGGUUGAUCGGG